AUGUUUUUACGGUUAUCUCUAAAGACAAUAAAAAAAUGUCAAUCAAACUUUAUAACUUCAUUCAAUAGUAAACAAUAUAAAUUUUUUACAACACACUAUGGUUAUGAUUUUUUCAAUAACGAUGAAAAUGAUAGUGGUGGUGGUGAAUACCAAACUUCUUUUGACUACGAUGUGGAUAUAGAAGUACCAAUACUAAGUAAUGUAACAACCUCAAAUACAACAAUAAUCAAUAGACCUUUUUAUAAUAAUAAUAAUAAUAACAAUCUACAAGUUUCUUCUUUAACAGCUGAAAAAUUACCAAAAAAAAUAAAAAUAAACAAAAAACCCCUUGUAAAUAAUAAUAAUAAUAAUAAUAAUAAUAAUAAUAAUAAUAAUAAUAAUAAUAAUAAUAAUAAUAAUAAUAAUAAUAAUAAUAAUAAUAAUAAUAAUAAUAAUAAUAAAAACUCAAACAAUGUAAAUUUAACAAAAACAACCAAAUCAACCAAUACAUCAACAACACAAUCACAACCAAAUGAUCAAGGAUUAUUUUCGCCAACAAAAACUAAAAACAAAACAUCAAGUGUAAAUGAAAAAGAGGAGAUUGAAAUUUUAAAUAACUUUGCAAAAUCACUUCAAGAUCAACAACAAAAAGUUAAAACAAUAUUUGAUAAAUUUGAAAACAUUGAAAAUGAUAAUAGUGAUAAUGUAGAUAGUCAAAACCUUUUAGAAUUGGAUGAAUUGUUAACAUCUGAACAACAAAAAAUUGUAAAUUUAAUUGUAGAUGGUGGUAAGAAUGUAUUUUUCACUGGUAGCGCUGGUACUGGUAAAAGUUUUGUCUUAAAACAUUUGGUAUCAAAAUUAAGAAAGAAAUAUCCAAAAUCUGUUUAUGUAACUGCUGCAACUGGUAUUGCUGCUGUUAAUAUUGGUGGUACGACAUUACAUUCAUUUGCAGGUAUAAAAUUAGGAGUUGCACCAGCACAAAGGUUAGCAGUUGAAAUUUUACAAUCGAAAAAAUUAUUACAAAAAUGGUUAGAUUGCAGUGUAUUAAUUAUUGAUGAGAUUUCAAUGAUCGAUGCAGAAUUAUUUGAAAAAUUAGAUACAAUUGGUCAAAUGGUUCGAGGCAAUAAUCAACCAUUUGGUGGUAUUCAAUUGGUGUUGGUUGGUGAUUUCUUUCAAUUACCACCAGUACAUGGAAAUUAUGCAUUCGAAUGUAAAGCAUGGAAAAAAUCAAUAGAUAUCAGUGUUGAAUUGACAACGGUUAUGAGACAAAAAGAAACAGAAUUCAUUGAUAUUUUAAAUAAAAUUCGGGUGGGUGAUAUAAAAGAAGAUAUGAUCAAUCGAUUGGUUUCCACUUGUAAUAAACCUUUAGAUAUUAGCAAUGGUAUUUUACCAACCAGACUUUAUUCAACAAAUGCAUCGGUCGAUCAAGAGAAUCAAAGCUCAUUGGAUAAAUUACUAGGUGAACCUUUUAGUUUUCAAGCAGUUGAUAGUGGCAAUAAAGAGUUGAUAGAGUUAUUGGAUCGUGACUGUCCCGCUAUGAAAAAUUUAACUUUAAAAGUUGGUGCUCAAGUGGUUCUACUUAGAAAGAUUGAAAAAGGUGAUGGUUUAGUCAACGGCUCAAGAGGUGUAGUUGUUGAUUUCGUAAAAGCUAGAGUUUCACGUAAAAAUAAUAAAUUCCAUAAAGUUAAUCAAUACUUACCAGUGGUUCUAUUUAAUGAUGGCCAAAAAGUAACCAUACCACCAAGUGAAUGGUGUGUUUGGAGUGAAGAGAAAGCCUAUCGUAAUCAAAUACCUUUAAAGCUUGCUUGGGCUUUAACUAUUCAUCGUGCUCAAGGUAUGACUUUGGAUAAGGUUGAAUGUGAACUCUCUCGUACUUUUGCUUCCGGUCAAGGUUAUGUUGCACUUUCUCGUGUUAAAUCUUUAGCUGGUUUACACUUAAAGUCUUUAAAUACUCCUGCAUUAAAAACUUCUCCAAAAGUUGUAACUUUUAAUAAAAAAAUUAUUAGAUCAAUAAAUAAUUCUCAUAUUUAA